GCCGCGAUGACUGCUAACGACUUGUGGCCACUCAAAGACGCGCAUUUCUUUGUUUGAUGGCAUGCGUGUAACGGGAUCCUAGCUACCUUUUCAUGGAUGGUUAUCUUCUCAAAGAACCAUGCAUAUCUGCUCGAUAUCAGCCCAUAUAAAAGGCCGAUUCCCAAUAUUGACGCCCUUCACCCCCCAUGGACAGACACUUUUUGAAUCCUCAUCUUGGGGCGAUGCCCGACUCGACGGCGCGUCGCGAUGCAAGGAAACGCACAUAUGCGGAGGCGGGCGCUCAGACUGGGCCGUGGCCGGGCGCUGCUGGCGGCGCCGGCGAGCCCCAAAGGUCACCUCGAUCAUCAAAGAGACGCAAAACAACUUCGACAGGGCAGGGCACGGCUCAGACAGAGCAGGAAACGACCCCCAUGGAGCAGGAACCUACUUCGCCUGAAGAGAAUCCACCGGAGGUCCCUGCUUCCUCUUCAGAAUCGCAUUCUGCCAGCGCGUCGAACUGGUUGCCAGUGUUCUAUGAGUGGCUUCCCAUUCACGAUACCUAUGACUACAGCCUGUACCGCUGCCGUUCUUGGCCCCCGAAUCCCGCACCUGGACGCACCUGGCUUGCUACCGAUCAUGGACGGCUGAUCUAUGUUGCUCCUUGCGCUGCAUACUACGAUCAGAGGAUGGAGCCAUGGGAGGGCGAUAUCGAUCUGUACGAGGCCGUGCAGCUCUGUAACUUUCACAAGUCAUAUGAUAUGCCAUAUCCAGCGCGCUACGACGAUGAGGACGGGACACUUCUCAUCUCGGACGACUUGCACGAGCAACCCAGCCUCAUCCUCAAGGUGGGAGAUACCCUCUUCGCUGUCGACGGGGAGGAACUCUUGGAUGGGCUCAGUAAUGGCGAGGUCUGGGAGCGCGAGUGGGCACAGCGACACAACGGCGACGUCUUGACUAGAUACGGUCAGCCGGUGCUGGAGAUCCAUCCUGAUAUAACGGUCGAGGAUAUGGCACACUACCUUAGAUACAUGCUCAAGGACAAGGGACGUUAUCCUCUCUUCUUCGUCUUCGAUGCCGGCGUAGGACCCGUCCAUGUAGAUUUCAAAGCUGCGCUCGGGCUGCUCAGGAUAAGCACCCUCUAUGAAGACAAGCGCGCCCGCGAUCUUGCUCUUAAGUGCCUCACUCUCUUCUUUCCGUCUUCUGCGCCUCGGAAGGGCAUGCCCGGCGUCAUGAGGGUGGACUCCGUAAAAGAGAAGGAAGAGUUUCUGCACACCCAUGCCCUUCGCGCUCUCCCCGUCCUGCUACAAGCCCGCGCGCACGCUCAGAUCCCCGCCGCCCUGUACGCCGCCGCGCAGGAGCCUCUCUCCGCGAUCGUGGCUUCCCCUGCGUCUGACCUGAUAAUGAUGGUCCGUCACAAGCUCACCUCUGCGUUCCCCGAUCUCUGCGAAUCUACCGUCGACCGCGCCCUGCUCUUGCUCGACGGCUCUACGCAACCCUGCAGAUGCGCGGGUGGUACCAGCGCCUUGCACUUCGUGAAGAAGGCUUGCUGGGUGUAUCUGGACCUGAGCAGCGGUGACGGCCUGAGGGUCAACUUGCUGACGCGACCGGACGACAUGCUUGCGGGCGACCGCUUUUGCAGGACCUGUGCGAAGGCGCUGCGGGUUGCUUUGAGGAGGUGGGAGGACGCGGCGUGGCAGCGGUUGCCUUCGCUCUGCGGCUAUGCGUCCUGGGACGACGUCCAUGAGCAGGUGCGGUCGCUGGAACGACCCACGUUUGACUUAAGUAUAUUGCACCAUGUUGAAGGAGUGUCUGCUAUGAAGAUGCGUGAACUUGCGAGUGUGAAGUUAGCACCAAGAAGUGGUCUCAACAUCAGACGCCUCGCUCACCUAGCUAUCGGCGCUCAAAAGGUAUCGUCCCGUCAGACUACCAGCGUGCCGCGGGGAGUGCGGUCUGCUCGAAGUGGUGGGCGUGCCAGUACUGCACUCGCCCUUCUGCUCGUCGGCGACGCUGAACCUAGUGUUGCACGCCAGCUUGCUGACGCGUCCGUGCCCUUCACCGACCACUUUGUCACCGACGACAUCCACCUUGCCACGAGCAGUCGCUUCCUCUGUCGCCGAGAUCCGUCGAGCUGGGUACUUCGCGUGGUAUUCCGAGCUCUGCCGUGCAUGAUACUCCGAGUUCGUGCCCCAGUCGGUACCGGUGCCGUCGAGGUUGCUCGAUACGGCGGAGGUGAGCUCGAUGCCGGACGGCCGCCGUGUCUCGCGCUCGAUCUCGCUGUCCAUAGUCUGGAUGCGGAUUAUGAGGCGGGUGGUCUAGAGAAGGUGGGAAGGGGAAGUACGAACGGAGUACGACAGAAGAGGGGCAAACGUACCGUCAUCGACAGAAUUUCGUUGGAGAUCGGGAAGGAAUGCAUCAGCGUCGCCUUUCCGACGAAGUACGCGCUGACAGGGACGAAAAUAACGCCUGCGAAGGUAUCAGGAACGAAUGACAGUAGAGAAAGCGAUGGGUUGGAGGGUGCACGUAGAGGAGAUCGCUGCUUGUGA